GUUGUGUUGGACGGUUUGGUGCUGAGCUCUUCAUCACAGCAGGGAGAAGACAAGAUCUGGGGAUGUGAUUGUGAUCUAAUCGUCAUGAGGAAGUCAGUUUAAGGUUGUCAUACUGGUUCAACAGGAAUGAAAACCUCAGAGGAUGAUUUCCUCAUAGUGAGCGUAUCUGUCUUCUGGUUCCCCUGCAGACGCACUUGAAGCCCUGAGAGACAUUCAGUGUCUCCAGUCUACUUUCAUUGAGGAGAGAGAAGGAUGGGGCGCCCUACCUAUAAAACCAUUCCGUCUGGGAAACAUGGCCGCGAGAAAAAAGCUAAGAGAGUCCAGCAGGAGAGAGCAGACUCCCCUGGACCCACCUGUGUCUCCAUGAAGAGCGAUUGGUCUAUGGAUGAUCCUCUUUGGUUUAAAGAUGGACGCUACACCAGAAAGAAGAGAAGAAAAGGUUCUAAAAGAGUCCAGCAGGAGAGAGCAGACUCCCCUGGACCCACCUGCGUCUCUAUGAAGAGUGACUGGUCUAUGGAUAAACCUAUUAGGUUUAAAGAUGGACGCCGCUCCAGAAAGAAGAGACAAAACCAGGAUAGGUCAAAGGUUACCAGUGGUCAGUCUGUACAGCCGCAACACACACAGUUGAUGAGGAUCAAGGAGAACGCACACGCUUUUCUAGACAAGGAGGUGGAGAAGCUCUGGCGGGUUCUCUUCCCAGAUUACCCACAAUGCUCAGAGAGUCAAAGGGAGGAGGAGGAGGAGGUGGAUGGUGAGGAAGAGGAGCAGCGGAGGCGUGCCAUAGAGGGAGUGCUGGACAUCACACUGCUCUGCAUGAAGCAGUUGAAGCAGGUGGAGCUGGCCGACACACUUUGGAGCAAAAGUGUUUCUGCUGAGUGCCAACAUAGAAUCAAGUCUUAUCUGAAGGGGAAGACCCAGUGUGUGUUUGAGGGAAUCGCUGAAGCAGGAGAGUCAAGACCUCUGAAUGAGAUCUACACAGAGCUCUACAUCACAGACAGAGGCAGUGGAGAGGUCAACAAGGAACAUGAGGUCAGACUGAUUGAAACAGCUUCCAAGAAAUCUGGCAAGGAGGAAACAUCGAUCAAAUGUCAAGACAUCUUUAAACCCCUACUUGGAAAAGAUAAACCAAUCAGAACAAUGAUGACAACUGGAGUGGCCGGCAUUGGUAAAACUGUCUUAACGCAAAAGUUCACUCUGGACUGGGCUGAAGGCAAAAACAACCACGACAUACACUUCCUAUUUCCCCUCACUUUCAGAGAAGUGAAUUUACUGAAAGACAGAAAGUUUAGCUUGGUGGAACUUCUUCAUCACUUCUUUAUUGGAACCAAAGAAACAGGAUUCUGCAGAUACGACCGGUUCCAAGUUGUCUUCAUCUUGGAUGGUCUGGAUGAAUGUCGAUUUCCUCUGGACUUCCAGAAGAACCCGAUCUGUACUGAUGUCACAGAGUCCACCUCGGUGGACGUGCUUCUGACAAACCUUAUCAGGGGCGACCUGCUUCCCUCCGCUCGCAUCUGGAUCACCACACGCCCUGCGGCAGCCAAUCAGAUCCCUGCUGAGUGUGUUGACAUGGUGACAGAGGUGAGAGGGUUCACCGACCCACAGAAGGAGGAGUACUUCAGGAAGAGAUUCAGAGACGAGAAGCUGGCCAGCAAAAUCAUCUCCCACCUCAAGACAUCACGAAGCCUCCACAUCAUGUGUCACAUCCCAGUCUUCUGUUUGAUCACAGCUUCAGUUCUGGAGAACUUGUUCCAAACCUCCCAGACAGGAGAAGAGAUGCCCAAGACUAUGACUCAGAUGUACAGCCACUUCCUGAGGGUUCAGACCAUACAGGGGGACAGGAAGUAUCAUGGGAGAGCUGAAACAGAUCCACACUGGAGUUCAGAGAGCAGGGAGAUCAUUGUUUCUCUGGGAAAACUGGCUUUUAACCAGCUGAAGAAAGGCAACCUGAUCUUCUACGAGGCAGACCUGGCAGAGUAUGACAUCGAUAUCAGAGCAGCCUCAGUGUACUCGGGAGUGUUCACCCAGAUCUUUAAAGAGGAGUUUGGGCUGUACCAGGACAAGGUGUUUUGCUUUGUCCAUCUAAGCAUCCAGGAGUUUCUGGCUGCCCUUUAUGUCUUUCUGUCCUUCAUCGACAAGGGUGUCAAUCUGCUCUCAGAAGAAAAACCAACCUCGAGGGUAGAUGAACUCCUCCUCUACGAGAGUGCCGUGGACAAGGCCAUACAGAGUGAGAACGGACACCUGGACUUGUUUCUCCGCUUCCUCCUGGGCCUCUCUCUGGAGACCAAUCAGAAUCUCCUACGAGACCUGCUAGGACAGACAGGAAGUAGCUCAAAGACCAAUCGGAAAUCAGUAUCUUACAUCAAGAAGAAGAUAAGUGUUGAUCACUCUCCAGAGAGAAGCAUCAAUCUGUUCCACUGUCUGAAUGAGCUGAACGACCAUUCUCUAGUGGAGGAGAUCCAACAGUACCUGACAUUAGAAAGCCUCCCCAGAGAAUCUCUCUCCCCUGCUCAGUGGUCAGCUUUGGUCUUCAUCUUACUGACUUCAGAAGAGGAGCUGGAGGUGUUUGACCUGAAGAAAUAUUCUGCUUCAGAGGAGAGUCUUCUGAGGCUGCUGCCACUGGCCAAAGCCUCCAAAACAUAUCUGCUGAAUGGCUGUAAUUUGUCAGAGAAAUGCUGUGAAGCUCUGGUCUCAGUUCUCAGCUCAAACUCCUCUUGUCUGAGAGAGCUGGACCUGAGUACCAAUGAUCUGCAGGAUUCAGGAGUGAAGCUGCUCUCUGCUGGACUGAGGAGUCCACAUUGUAGACUGGAAAUUCUCAGGCUGAAUGGCUGUCAUCUGUCAAAGAGAUGCUGUGAAGAUCUGGCCUCAGGUCUCAGCUCCAAUCCCUCUAGUCUGUCAGAGCUGGACCUGAGUACCAAUGAUCUGCAGGAUUCAGGAGUGAAGCUGCUCUCUGCUGGACUGAGGAGUCCACAUUGUAGACUGGAAACUCUCAGGUUGUCUGGCUGCCUGAUCACGCAGGAAGGCUGUGCUUCUCUGGCCUCAGCUCUGAGCUCCAACCCCUCCCAUCUGAGGAAGCUGGACCUGAGCUACAAUCACCUAGGAGACUCAGGAGCUACACUGCUCUCUGCUGGACUGGAGGAUCCACACUGGAGACUGGACACUCUCAGUGUGGACCACAGUGGAGAGUGGAGGAUGAAACCAGCUCUAAAGAAGUAUGCCUUUAAACUCACCCUGGACCGAAACACAGCCCACGGACGAAUCUCUCUGUCUGAGGACAACAGAAAGGUGACGAAGGUUGAAGAGCUGCAGUCGUAUCCUGAUCACCCAGAGAGAUUUGACUCCUUGUGCCAGGUGUUGUGUAGAGAGGGUCUGACUGGCCGCUGUUACUGGGAGGUAGAGUGGGAAGGAGAGGUUUCUGUAGGAGUGACAUACAGAGGAAUCACAAGGAGAGGAAAGGGUGAUGACAGCAAGCUUGUAGGGAGCAACAAGUCCUGGAGUCUUCAUUAUCAUGAUUGUCAUUACUCUGUCCGGGACGACAAGAGAGUCAUAGUCAUACGUCUCCCCCCCCCUGGCUCUAACAGAGUAGGAGUGUAUCUGGACCGGCCGGCUGGCACUCUGUCCUUCUACAGAGUGUCCCCAGGUGGAGGAGGGUCCUCAGACACACUGACACACAUCCACACCUUCAAGUCCACCUUCACCCAGGAGGACCUCCUCCCUGGGUUUGGACUAUUGAAAUCUGGUUCCUCAGUGUCUCUGAUUCAGUUGUUGUGAGACACACACACAGACACAGAUACACAGACACACAGUCACACACACACACACACACACACACACACACACACACACACACACACACACACACACACACACACACACACAUACAAAAACACACACACACACACACACACACACACACACACACACACACACACACACACACACAGGAUCCAUAUGUUCUGUAUGUUCACUCCAUACAAUACGGAAUUAUAUCACAUGUUAAUCAUAUAUUUAUCUUCCUCUAAAUUUAGAGGAAGUUUUUGUAUUGAGCUUCCUCGACUGUUCAUUGCUUAGAUGAGGAGUGGUUCAUUCAGUUAUCAGAACUGAAUGACUGAUAGAACUGAAGUUACUAUUAUCUUUAUCGAGAAAUUGGUAAAAAUAAAUAUAUUAAUUUUGAAAAAAAAAUCUCCAUUGGUACAUUUUGUAGUGUUUCAGUAUCAAACACAUAAUUAUUGUACAAACACAGUCAUGUCACUUUAUAUUAUGUUAAUUAGUAUGAUUUAAAUAGUCCUUCACUUAACUGGAACAAACAGGGUCCUGGAUCGGGAUAGAUAGUUUACUAAAUGCAAUGGGGUCAUGUGUUAGGAUAGAAAGUGUUUUAAAUGUAAUGGGGUAAUGGAUCGAGAUAGUGUAUUAAAUGUGUUGAGGCGUUUAAACAUUGAAACAUACUUAAUUGUUGAAGAGGAAUGUUUGCAUGGUAUGUGAUUAUUCUCUUUGAUUGAACUUGACACGGCUCCUUUCUGCUUGUAGUUUUUUGAAAACAGAAAUAAAAUGUAGUUUCUGCUUUAACCAAG